AUGAGCUCAAGAUCAGAGAGUUUGGAUGCAGAUGCAGUCGACAGCGCAUUGCGCAGAGAAAUGGGCCGCCAACAGAGAGAAGGGACUCCCGGUGCAAGCCCGCAUAGGAAGCGACAGAGGAUAAAUGGCGAUAGAUUCAUUCCCACAAGAUCCGGGAGAGACUAUUCUGCCGGCUUUCAGCUUCUGCACGCUGCAGGCUCCCCUGCUACGCCCCCAAAGCAGAAGAAAAGAACGCCUCACGGGGAGUUACACUUUCAAAGGAACGAGGAAGCAAAUCGGACUUUCUCUACCUUGCUGCGGGCAGAGAUGUUUGAGGACUCAAUACCACAAAUAACACCUACAAUGUCCCCUGAACAAGGGCGGCCAUCAUCUCGCACCCCACCAAGCGGUGCGGUGCCGCCCUUACCUGCGAGGAUGACGCCCUCAACUCCUCAGAAGAACCUAUUUUCUUACAUGUCACCACGACAUCACAACAUUGCAGGCCAUCCUACACCGUCAAGGACACCUCAGAGCCGGGACGGCCAACUUCACGAUAUCCGCUCAGAGGCAUACAACGUGACGCCGUUGAGGUAUAGCAGCCAACAGAUGCUUCUCAGUCCGAGGCGGCAGCCCAGAGCAGUCGCUAAAGUUCCCUACAAGGUCCUGGACGCUCCCGAGCUGGCGGACGAUUUCUAUCUGAACCUGGUUGACUGGGGGAGUGCAAAUGUCAUGGGUGUCGGUUUGGGAUCCAGCGUGUACAUGUGGAACGCGCAGACGGGUCGCGUAAACAAGCUGUGUACGCUCGACGACGAUACGGUAACCAGUGUAUCGUGGAUCCAAAAAGGGACUCACAUAGCCAUCGGAACUGGCAAGGGGCUCGUUCAAAUAUGGGACGCCGAAAGGACCAGGAGGUUGCGAACCAUGACGGGCCAUACUGCGCGGGUCGGUUCGUUAGCAUGGAACACGCACAUCUUGACGUCGGGUUCGCGGGAUCGGCUAAUAUACCACCGCGACGUUCGGGCGCCAGACCAAUGGCUGAAGAAGCUCGUGGGGCACAAGCAGGAGGUGUGCGGGCUGAGAUGGAACUGCCAAGACGGCCAGCUGGCCAGUGGAGGCAACGACAACAAGUUGAUGGUCUGGGAUAAGCUCUCAGAGUCGCCGCUCUGGAAGUUUGCCGACCACAACGCCGCCGUCAAGGCUAUUGCCUGGUCUCCGCAUCAGAGGGGCCUGUUGGCCUCAGGCGGUGGCACCGCCGAUCGCCGCAUCAUCUUCCACGACACGGUCCGCGGCUCCGUCAUUAAUGAGAUCGACACGGGCAGCCAGGUCUGUAACCUGGCCUGGUCCAAGAACUCAAACGAGAUCGUCUCAACCCACGGCUACAGCCAGAACCAGAUCGUCAUCUGGAAGUACCCGUCCAUGACCCAAGUUGCCAGCCUCACCGGCCACACGUACCGCGUGCUCUACCUGGCCAUGAGCCCGGACGGGCGGACAGUCGUGACGGGCGCCGGCGAUGAGACGCUCAGGUUUUGGAACGUAUUUGGUACCCGUCCGGGGGUGUCGAGGGAACAGCAGUACAGCAGCGACGGCAUCGGGGGAAUAGGGAUCCCCGUCAUUAGAUGA